AUGGCGGCGAGUACAAGUGCGCUUCCGACGGUUGAGACGCUCGUGCGGCAGCGCAAGAUACGCGACAGCCACAAGACUGGCUCUGAUGAGAAAGCGACUGUGCCGCGCAAGGUACCGGCGGUGAUACAGCACACGCCGAAGGUGCUGGUGCUGGACCUGGAUGAGACGCUGAUUCACUCGCGACUUGGCUCGGGCUCGCUUUGGAAUCGGUGGCAGACGUCAGACCAUGUGGGUACGUGGCUCUUGGACGGCUGGAUGAACAUGCUGGGCCUGGGAUCUGGGAUUCCAUCGCACGCGCGACUGCAGAUCCGCGGCAUUGAGGUGCACAUGGACGGGCGGCGCGUCUGCUAUCAAGUGUACAAGCGGCCAUGGGUCGACUACUUUCUGCGCAAGGUAGCGUCGUGGUACCAUGUGGUGAUAUUCACGGCGUCGAUCAAGGAAUAUGCCGACCCUGUGAUCAACUGGCUUGAUGGGGGGCAGGGCCUGAUCAGUGGGCGGCUGUUCCGUGACUCGUGUACGCUGCGCAACGGCUCGUACCUAAAGAACCUUGAGAUUGUGGAAGAGGACCUCAGUCGUGUGUGCCUCAUUGAUAAUUCGCCGAUCAGCUACCUGCUGCAGGAGGCGAAUGGGAUACCCGUGGAAGGCUGGACGCACGACCCGAACGACGAGGCCCUGCUCGACUUGCUCCCCGUGCUGGACGGACUGCGCUAUGCAAGUGAUGUGCGCCACAUCCUAGGCCUACGCGGCUUUUAG